AUGACUGACUUUUCCACCACCUCUUUUUUGGUGUUCCUUUCGGUGACUCUUCCAGAAAAUGGCAAACGGGUGCGAUGGCUCCGCGGGAACGACGGCGAGGUCUGGGUUUGGAUCAUGGGCGAAGCUCCGGGAGACAAGCCGUACGAUCAGAUUUCCGAGGAACUCAUGGCAGAAAGAGCCCGGCAGCAAGCCCAGAGAGAAGCUGAUGAACUAUGGAAGAAAAAAGAAGCUGAAAUUACCAAGAAGUUCCGGGAUGCUAUGGCAAAGGAGAAGGCGCGAAUUGUGGCUGAAAAGUGGAAAAUAGAGACAGAAGAUCGCAAAGCCGCCAAACUGAUGGAAGAGAAAAUACAGGAGGAAUUAAAGGUUUGCUUCUAG